UAGCCACUGACAUGCGGUCCGGCCAGCACAGCACAGUUGUUCUGCAGCCCUCCCUGCGGUAGUUCGCUUCUGCCGGGUGGGCGCGCAUGUGCGUGGAGUGGAGGUCAGAGACACUCGAUCUGAUUGGCCUGUUCCGCCGAGGUCGUGAACUCGGCCAGGACCGGCUGUUUCCCGGGAAAAGACGCUCCUGUCUGUCGUUCACCCACGGCGCUUUCAUUGGCCAGACCUUGAGGCAUCAGCGAAAGGGUCACGUCCCUAGGACACAGCCCUGUGCAGGGUGGGGUGAUGUCACCGUGGGCGCGUCCCAGGCCGAAGAGCCCCUCGCUGCCGGUCAUGUCCUUGAGGAGCAGCCUCUCGCGUGUCCUCCGCUCGCAAGUGCCUUCUGUCCUGAAGAAAUCCGUCCACUCCGUGGCCGUGAUAGGAGCCCCUUUCUCUCAGGGACAGAGAAAAAAAGGAGCGGAGUAUGGCCCAGCUGCUAUAAGAGAAGCUGGCUUGAUGAAAAGGCUCUCCAGAUUGGGCUGCCGCCUUAAAGACUUUGGAGAUUUGAGUUUUACUCCAGUCACCAAAGAUGAUCCCUUCAACAACCUGGUCAUGAAUCCACGCUCAGUGGGCCUCGCUAACCAGGAACUGACUGAGGUGGUUAGUAGAGCGGUGUCAGAUGGCUAUAGCUGUGUCACUGUGGGAGGAGACCACAGCCUUGCAAUUGGUACUAUUAGUGGCCACGCCCGGCACUGCCCGGACCUUUGUGUCAUUUGGGUUGAUGCCCAUGCUGACCUCAAUACACCCCUCACCACUCCAACAGGAAACCUCCAUGGACAGCCAGUCGCAUUUCUCCUCAGAGAACUACAGGACAAGAUACCAUCACUCCCAGGCUUUUCCUGGAUCAAACCUUGUAUCUCUUCCCCAAGUAUUGUUUAUAUUGGACUAAGAGAUGUGGACCCUCCGGAACACUUUAUUUUAAAGAACUAUGAUAUUCAGUAUUUUUCCAUGAGAGAUAUUGAUCAACUUGGUAUCAAGAAGGUGAUGGAACAGACAUUUGAUCUGCUGAUUGGCAAAAGACAAAGGCCAAUCCACCUGAGUUUUGAUAUUGAUGCAUUUGACCCUACGCUGGCUCCUGCCACAGGAACCCCUGUGGUAGGGGGACUGACCUAUCGAGAAGGCGUGUAUAUUAGUGAAGAAGUACACAAUACAGGGUUGCUGUCAGCACUGGACCUCGUUGAGGUCAAUCCUCACUUGGCCACUUCAGAAGAAGAAGCAAAGGCUACCGCUAGUCUUGCAGUGGAUGUGAUUGCUUCGAGUUUUGGUCAGACAAGGGAAGGAGGGCACAUUGUCUAUGACCAGCUGCCUACUCCCAGUUCACCAGAUGAAUCAGAAAAUGAAGAACGCGUGAGAAUUUAGGAAAUAUUGUAUGCUGGGAUAUUUCACAAAGAGUUUCAAGUGGGCAUUCACGUUGUGAGGCAUUCUGAGGGGGACAGAUAUAUGGCUGUCCUGGGUCAGUACCGCCUUAAUGAGAACAUUGUGCAUUCUCACUAAAGUUUCCCCUCUCCAUUUUGGUGACCAACACUACUGUAAACGUAUUUUGGUGGUUUGCAGUUUACAAGGUACUAUGCAAAUCUGAAGAAAUCAUAAACAUUUAUUACCUUGGUAUAUCAUAAUGGUCUUGUUGUCCUUCCUUCACAUUUAUGUGAUUUUCUGUCUGCCCCCCCCCCUCCCACAGUUGGCUACACAGCGCCGCAUGUUCAGCCCACAGCAGCAUCACGCUUGUUCCAUAUCCUGUCUAAUACCAUUCAUCCACAGGGUCAACGUUCUGGUCCACAGCGCCCUUCCUAGAAGUUCAAUGCUUGCGAAAGAACUUGUAAUAAACCAAGCCUCCCAGGAUGAUGAGCUCCAG